AUGAAAGCAGAAUGCCCAAUAGAGCAAGUAAAACAUAAAAGUACAGCAACCUAUUAUACUGAUCCUCAACAUGGUAAUUGUGGAUAUGGUGAAUUGAUGGGUAGAACAGGUCCAGGAACAAUGAUGGUAGCAGCACUUUCAACAAAGUUUUACGAUGAUUCUAAAAGCUGUGGCCAAUGUUUCAAUAUUUUUUCUCCUUAUACAAAUAGAUCCUUGGUAGUAAUGGGGACAGAUAAAUGUCCAGAUAAAGGGUGGUGUGAAGCAGACUAUCAUUUUGAUUUAACUACCGAUGCUUUUGAUGUACUAGGUCCAAGACUUGAUGGUGUUUUAUAUAACUUGGAGUUUUAUAAAGUACCAUGUCAAAUAAAAGGAAAUGUUAAAGUAAUGAUGAAAGAUGGUUCAAACCCAUUUUGGACUUCAUUCUUAGUUUUUAACUCUAAUAUUGGAGUUAAGCAAGUAUCCAUUAAAUUAUCUGGAAGUGAUCAGUUUAAACCUCUACCAAUAACUUCAUACAAUUAUUGGGAUUCACCAAGUAUGACUCCAGGUGAAUUCGAAUUACGUAUCGAGUCGAUUGGUGGUGAAUUUAUCUACACUAAAAUAUCAUCAGUAGAAAGUAAUAAAAUUAUCGAUACCGAAACCCAAUUCACUGUUGAAGGCUGCGAUAGUGGAGAAAUAAAUUACGAUGAUCCUUAUGCUCCAUUUAGAAUACCAUCAGAUUCAUCCAGAAUUUUACCACCAACCAUCAUUCAAAGAAAAAGAAAAUAA